CUUCUACAGACUAUCAACGCUGCAUCGAACAUGUCCGUCACUUCAACCCAUUCACAAAAUUCAAUCAGUCCUGGCGCAGUCCCAGACGCCCCAGGAGCACAUUCGGCGCAACCGCAAACAGAAGCUGCUGGGGUUGACCUCCGCGUCCGAUUUGCCCGCGCUUGUGAUCGUUGCCGACACAGGAAAAUAAAGUGCGAUAAUGAACACCCAUGUGGAAAAUGUGCGGCAGCUGGUGUUACCUGUACUUCGGGAAUGAGCAGAGCGACUGGUGUAAGCAGACGGCGAGCUUCUCGAACAAGCUUUUCGGACACGCGCAACCAUCAUGAAGCUUUCAUUGAGAAAGAAGGGUCACCUUCCAACAGAGAACAUCGAUCUAACAACAAAGGACGCAAACGGAGAAGAGACUCUGAGGAAACAGAUAAGAUAGGAGCAACUGGCAACUCCAAAACGUCAAAUGUCCUUGAUCACCUCGAUACGGCGCACUUCUUCUUGUCGCAAGAAGGAAUGACCCGUUUCGCCGGCUCUACUUCGGGCCUUCCAGUCCUCGAAGCCACCCGACGUAUGCUGCAGAAAAUACCUGAUCCCGUCAACGACGCGCAAAGUCCCAUGGGUGAACCAAAUUGGUCAUGGCUCUCUUCAUUACUAGAGGACGGAGAGGGAUCCUCAAAGAGCGGUAGGGAGUCUUUCCUUCGUCGUCAAGAACGAGACGAGCCGGAAUACUUUCCUGGAAGGGAUCACGCCUCGGAACAAGGCGGAGAAGACAUUUUCGCAAGGAUUUCGGAGAUCAUACCACCUGAUUUGAUGGCCUCUCUUGUUCAGACUUAUUUCGCAGUUGUUCAUCCUGUUUGGCCUAUUAUCCACAUCCAGUCAUUCUUUGCAGAUUUCUAUAAGUGGACCAGCUAUUCCUUUGCGGCGUUAGUGGUAUCUAUGUGCAUGUUGGCGACCCGCUACACGAAUGACCCAAGAGUGCUAGCUGAACCGGAUAUCUCAGCCAGUGCAGGGUUCCAAUAUUUUGAGCUUUUCAGGCAAUUGCGUGCACAAGCUUCGACAGAGGAUAACGUGAUUCAAGCAAUCCAGAGCCUGUUUUUCGCGGCACAAUACCAUUGUGUUGAUAAUGUACCCCACCAGGUUGCACAAGGUCUUUUUGCAGAGGCAGCAGCUCGACUGCUCGAUGGUGGACUACAUCGAGAAAUCUCAGAUAUUGCGCUUGGCGAUUCGCUGGAGAAGGAAACGCGAACACGUACUGCAUGGGCAUGCUAUAGCUGGGAUAAACAACUGGCCGCCAUUUGUGGUAAACCACCACUCCUACGCAUUUGGGACUACGACGUCUCAUUGCCCGAAGUGUUUGAAGAGACGCAAUCGGCUUUUGCUGAGCUCCCCGAAAAUCAAGAUGAGAAGCUGAGCGCAAUCUUCAUCCAGCAAAUCCUGUUGUCAGUGGUACUUGAAAAAACGUUGACCUCGUGCACCCAUCAUCCCGAAUUUGAUAACUGCGAAAUGCUCAACAGAUGGGCAAGGAGCAUGCGCCCAGAAGUCGAAGAUAUGAAGGCUCUAGAUGAUUCAAUGCGGCUGCUGAAUGAAUGGCGAGAGGCCCUCCCGCCAGCAAUGUCAGACCGCUCGAUCGCUGGUCGCCUCGCUUCGCCGAUGUACAGCGUCGAAUACGAACAGAUUGCUGUAAUCGAGCAGACCAUAGAAAUGCUUAUAGCGGGCCGCAAACUGCAGCUUGCGACACUUGCCAAGACCCGGGAAAACACGUCAACGACUCGUCUGGAGUCUGCACGUGAUGCUAUUCUCGAAGCAGGAAAACACACGCUAGCAUCAGCAGUAAAGAUGGGCUCUGCCAAAAUGCUCGGCAAAUGUGAUAUUCUCCUGGCAUAUCGUAUAUUGAUGGCUGGUCGGUUUCUACUAGCCAGUCUGUUAUCAGCCCGCGCAGAUUGCAAAGCCGAGCAGGAAGAAGAGGCGACCCGGGCAGUGAGAGCAGCGAUUGUACUUCUCCGUCAUUUCUCGGACGUAUUCCCCAUCUCACUUGGCUCUGCUGAAGUCUUGGAGGAAACAUGCCGAGUUUGCCGGGUUGACAUCUCUUUGCCUACAGCGGCAACUCCCGGCCACCCUCGGCACAACCUGUACGCCUGGCAUCGGCCCCUCAGGCUUCGUGACAAGCAUUCCAAUGAAAAAGAUGGCUGUCGUUCUCAAGUCAGGUCACCAACGAAUGUCAUGUCUGGAGACGCCGCAGCGGACGCCAUAGCGUCCAUGUUUUCCCCGGUGGACGCAGCAUUUGGGUUAGGUUCUUUACCUUUACCUUUCCCUGAGAUUGGAACAGAAGGAGAAAGGCAGCCAGACUUCUCAUGGCUUCCUCCAGGUGGUAGUGUCCCUUACUACUUUCCCUCACAUCCAUCAGAGUAACGUAGCAGUAUAUACCUUUAGUUUCAGGUCAAGAAUGCAAGCUGUGUUCGCGUCUUUGCAUGUGCAUGU